AUGUCCUUCUGUCCUACAAAGUAUGUUCGUGAUGUCUGCAUCCUCGGUAGCCCACAUGUGCCCGAACUGCGGCGAACGUUUCAUCUCUUUGCCAACAAAAUGCAUGCUGACUACUACCCCGAGGCCUACGACUGUAUGGAACAGUGGUAUUUCACUCGCCUUCAUCGGGAGUGGGAGCUUGGUCACUUCGACUGGGAGGCCUUCCAGCCGUGGGCUUAUAAACACUUGAUCUGUUCUAUGUACCAUCAGCCCUAA